CUGGAAAAUUGAGACCUUCCAAGGAUCUCCAAGGAAAAGUGGAAUUUGUUUAUCAGCUUUCCUUCCACCGAUUGUGUUAUUUCAGUCCUCCAAUGCGUAUCCUUUCAGUGUUCUAUUUCAGGUCAACAACACACUGUAACUUUAUUAUAGUGCCUCAACUGGGGCUUUUAAAGAACUCACAUUCACUAGAAUCAAGGUUAUGUUGUCUGUUUGGUUUCUUGCUGUCUUUAUUGAAUAAACAAUCAAAAAUCUUCUCACGAUUAGACCUAAGUUGUGGUGCGCACGCGAUGUUAUAACAGUGACGGUAAAACAGUGAAGUUCAAAGGGGAUGCCCCUCUUAAAUGACGUCACUCCUCGUAUUUCGCGAAAAUAUCAAUAAAAAGGCAAGGGUGGGCACAGUGAUCUAGUCCAUCAUACACACAUAAAGGAGCGCAAAGCUAUCGCAGCAGGAGGACGCCCUUCGUGGACUUCAGUUUUGAAAGUCUAAGAAACAUCCCCACAGAUAACUUACGGGUAUCAGGUUGAAAGGAUGAACAUGUGGAUAUCACGUCACCUGGUGGUCAUUUGGCUUCACUUGCUCUACCUCACCGAAGCAUCACCCAGAUAUGCCAACGGCUUCUACUACCAAGGCGCAAUGAACGGCGACGGCAAUGGAGAGAUAUUCUUCAGCGGAGUGCGCCUUCAUGUGGAGAGUCCGAGGCUCACGGUGGCUGCUGUUCAGGGCAGCAAUGCCACUCUGCCCUGUCACUACCGAUAUGUGCCUGAGGUUCACACACCUCGUCGGGCCAGGGUAAAGUGGUUUCGGCUGCCUUUGACUGAUGGGAGUCCGGAGGAGGACGUUUUGGUGGCCAUAGGAACACGUCACCGGAGCUAUGGUGGCUUUCGGGGUCGCGUGCGCCUACGCCGAGACGCCCCUGGGGACGCAUCCCUAGUUAUCAAUUCUCUAAACGUGGAUGAUAUUGGCCUCUACCGCUGCGAAGUGAUUGACGGACUUGAGGAUGAGAGCGUCACGGUUGGGCUAGAAUUCCGAGGGGUGGUGUUUCCCUUUUACUCCUCCAGGGGGCGCUACCAGCUGAACUUCCACAAGGCCAAGCAGGUGUGUGAGGAGCAGGGUGCAACACUGGCCACAUUUGACCAGCUCUUUGCUGCCUGGGAAGAGGGGCUGGACUGGUGCAAUGCAGGGUGGCUGGCCGACGGCACAGCACAGUACCCUGUGUCCACACCAAGAGAGGCCUGCGGAGGUUCUGACCUGGCCCCUGGCGUCCGCAGCUACGGCCCACGCCAUCAACACCUUGAACGUUUUGAUGCCUUCUGCUUCACUGCCUCCCUCAGAGGCACUGUCUACUUCCUGGAUCCAGUCCCGAAGGUGAACUUCACAGAGGCAGUGCAGGCUUGUCUGGAUGCCGACAGCGAGAUUGCCAAGGUGGGGCAGCUGUACGCCGCUUGGAGGUUCCUGGGGCUGGACAUCUGUGACGCGGGCUGGCUGGCGGAUGGGAGUGUGCGCUACCCCAUCACUAGACCUCGUCCAAACUGCGGUCCAGAGAAACCAGGGGUGCGCACUUUUGGUUAUCCCCCACACCACCAGAAGCAUGGUGUUUACUGCUACGCACCCCGUUGGUAAACAUGGGCCUGUGCUAAUGGGUCUGGCAGUGCAUGCUACCAUAAACUCUGCAGUUCUACACUAUGUCGUCAUUUGAUAGCAAAUCUUUGCUGAAUCCCUCAGGAUGUGAUGUUACUAUUGUAGCCCCACUUCUGUUGAAACUAAUUUUUUUGGACAAGUCAUCCUUGCUUCUGAUGGCAUAGCAGUCAUUUAAAAAUGGUUUAAUUAAUUAUGAGUCUCGUUAAAUCACGUUAUGUUUAUUAUUACAUAAGAUAUGAUACUGGAUCAAAUAAGGAUCCUUUUAUGUUUAUUAUAUGGUAAACUACACAUAUACAAACACGUUUACAUAGGGCUCACAUAAAGACAAGGUGAAUCAAACCUCACUUGGCUCAAUACGCAUUUGAUCUUUCGGACUAUUUUAUACAUUUCUAACCGUCACAUGCAGUGUGAUCCUAUCACAUUGAAAAUCAUUUUAUACUAUAAUGUACGUAUGUCAGCAUCCACCACAAGUAUUUUUAUUGAACAUUUGUACCCUUACUACCUAAACCACUUAAGUGUCUCUACUAUCUGAGCCACUGAAAGCCUUGUCACCUUGUCUGUGGUGAUACCCAGAUACAACCACCUCUCAUUUGUAGGUUUGGUUGCACUGUGAUGGUAAAUGACUCAGGAAGUAGAUUUUGUGUUGUUCUAUUCCUCUAGUUUCUUUUGACAUAUUAUGUUGCUGAAUAUUCAUAUGUUGUUGUUUCUGAAAAUCUGGAAAUGAAAGCCAACAAGAGUGGCACAAUAAAACCCCAGUGCUGCUGUGAAA